AUGACGGGCCACGAGCUACCAUUCCACGCGGACCACAUUGGCUCGCUGAUACGGCCGGCAGCCCUCUCUAGCCUCCAAGAGCAAGCCGAUGCCGGCACCAUCACGCCAGCCCAGCUCCGCCAGGGCCAACGAGACGCAAUCGCCGACAUUGUCGAGAAGCAGCGCGCCCACGGCGUCCGGGCCCUGUCGUCGGGCGAAUUCGACCGCAAGUACUACUUCUCGGGCUUCUUCGAGAAGCUAGGAGGGUUCCGGGAAGUCAGCCCCGUGCCAUGGGAGCUCGCGCGCCUGUCCGCGCCGCCCAUCGCGGCGCUCAAGAAGGCCGGGCGGCCGUACAUGAUGGCGGCCGUGUGCGAGGGCAAAAUCACCUACGACGCCAGCCCGUACCUCGAAAACUGGAAGCUCCUGCGCGACUCGGUGCCCGAGGAGCUGCGGGCCGAGUGCAAGUUUACCAUGCCGCCGCCGUGCUACUUCCACCUCCGCCUGGCGCCGGGCAAAUCGUACAAGACGAGCGUCUACCCCGACGACGACGCCUUCUUCGCCGACCUGGCGAGGGCCUACCGGCGGGAGAUCAAGACCUUGUACGACGCCGGCCUGCGCAAUCUGCAGAUUGACGACCCGACCCUCGCCUACUUUUGCUCCGACGACAUGGUCGAGUCCCUGCGCGCCGAGGGCGAUGAUCCGGACAGGCUGCUCGACCUGUACUUGAGGGCGCACAAUGACUGCAUUGCAGGCCGGCCCGCAGAUAUGCAUGUUGGGCUUCACGUAUGCAGAGGCAACUUUUCCAAAUCGAUGCACUUCAGCGAAGGCUCGUACGAGAAAAUCGCCCAAAAGUUCUUCACCACCCUGGACUACGACACCUUCUUCCUGGAAUACGACAACCCGCGCUCCGGAGGGUUCGAGCCGCUCCGGUUCCUGCCCAGGGGCAAAAACGUCGUGCUGGGCGUCGUGACCACCAAGGACGCCCGGCUGGAGGACGCCGAGACGGUCAAGAGCCGCGUGCUCGAGGCCGCGGCGAUCAUUGCCCGCGGACAGGGCCGGAGCGUCGACGAGGCCAUGGCCAACAUUGGCAUCAGCCCGCAGUGUGGGUUUGCGAGCGUUGCCGUGGGCGCGGACGGCAUGACGGAGGAGAAGAUGUUUGACAAGCUCAAGCUGGUUGGUGAUAUUGCCAAGGAACUGUGGCCCGAAGCGUCACCUCGUGCAAGUGGUUUGACCCCGCACAAGUACACGACGCAGUCUAAGUCAAGACGAGCAAAGGCUACCUACCCCGCAAACAGCGGCCCACAGAAGCUCUCGAGUCUCGAGAGCCGACGAAAACCAUUGGGAAAGAACCAGACCGUUUUCGUUGACGGUAUCUUUGCCCUCAAUUUUUCACUUCAAAAUUCUGUCGGUGCAGCCUCAAGCCUUGAGUUCAAUCGUACAGUUCUCCCUCCACCGGCACACCGAGACAACCCGCUGUACUCUUGCCUCUGGCCCUCAGACAAAAUUCCCAUCUCGAGAACCUUGGUCGUCCCCCCCUCGGCCAAGCAGCUCCAACUGCCGGGUUUUGCCUCGAGAGCAUUUAUCGUCUUCAUCUCGUCGGAAGACCCCGAGACCAAGCAGCCGUGGUGCCCCGACGUUCGGGCUUCGUGGCCGCACAUCCAGGCCGCGUUUGGCGGGGAGGAUGCACCAACCGUGUCAGUGGUUGAAGUCGGCCAAAGGCCAGAGUACGUUCUUCUCUUUCUUCUCUCUUUGCGACACAAAAGUCUGUGGUGUAAUAAAAGAAUACAAGGACAGACGGCUGACACAGGGUUACGUAGAUGGAGGAACCCCGAGAAUGUGUUCCGAAAGAACUGGAACGUCAAUGGCGUCCCUACGCUUGCCAAGUAUGAGCGUGUUGAUGGCGAGGUUGUCGAGACGGCUAGGCUGGAUGAGAACGGCAUCAUGGACGAGGCCAAGUUGCGAGGGUUUAUUGGUUGA